CUCUCAUACAUAGACACACCGAAUCUUGUCGUUUGGAAAUAACAAUGAGAAUCAAGAAAGAUUGCAGAAAAAAUUUGAAUGACGAUGAAUACUGGAUGGGAAUCACCAAAAAUAACAAACCAAGUCUACUUGGGUAUUUAAAUUAUCGAAAAACCAAGGUUGAAAUUCUUGAAAAAGAACGCGAACUUUCACGAUACCGUCAAGAUUUUGAAUGUAUAAAACAUCACUACAAUGAUAAAACUGGAUAUAACGCAAAUAUCAUUAAACAAAUUAAACAUAUUGAGGAUAAUUUUGAGGUACGUCCUUAUAGGGAUAUCAUUGAACCUGUGCUGUUCUACAUGUCAAGUCGUACGUGUACAGGCAACUGUACUGUUCUACGCAAGCGUACGUGUACAGGCAACUGUACUGUUCUACGCAAAGCGUCGAAUUACAUUCACCGGUCUCCAGAGGCAUUUAAGGAUCAAGAAACUAGCUCCUUUUCCGCUAAUAAUGAUCAAUCUUCCCCUAAUGAUCAAUAUGAUGACGGUGAAGAUGUUGAUAAUAGUGCAAUUGAACCAAAUGACUUAGAAUCUGAGAGAAAAUACGCCACAAGAUUGAUGAAUAUCGAAACACUAUCCCGCAAUCAAAACAAUUUAUAUAUCCGUUAUGGUAUUAUAUUAUUGAGAAUUUCUGGACAGCAUACUCCAACAAACAAUCUAUUUGACAUGAAUGCUCUAAAUGAAAGCAUUCGCGAUAAGGAUCCAAAUAUAGGAAUUAUGACCACUUCAAAUGAUUAUGAAAAUGAUUUGAAGAUGUUUAAGGCAACCAAGCCGGAAACUUUCAGAGAUGAUGCAUAUCGAAACAAGAACUCCGAUCCACAAUCACAGUCACGAAUGGGUCAAAAAUGUGAUCUAAUUGUAACUGCAAAUCGUAUCAGUUGGAAGCCUGAACUAUUAAUUGGUGAAGUGUCAGGAGGUAUCUUCCCGGAUGUUCGAGAUGCAAGUCUUGGAAAGAUAAAAUCAAUCGGGUUCCGCAAUUUCAUUCACUGGUGCCCUAGUAAAGCUUCCGGUAACAAGACCGGACGCUUUCCAAAAGAUAAACGUAUCGUUGACGAACCUGGUUCUAAUAAAGGUAUUAGUGGGGAUUUGUCAACACACUAA